AUGAUUUUGGAGGAAGCACAAAUGGGUAACUCAAAAUAUCCUGCUUGUGUUGUAGAGAAGCUGAAAAAUAGUUUCUAUGUGGACAAUUGUCUAACUAGUUUACAAACUGAGACUGAGUUACAUGAGUUCAUUCAAGUGGCUAAAGAUGUUAUGCUAGAAAGGAAGUUCGACCUAAGAGGGUGGGAGCAUAAUUAUUCCCACUCCUCAACAGAAGAGGUUUCCUGUGUGACAAAUAAAAUUGUCCCAGUAUUAGGCCUGCAAUGGUCUUUAAACUCGGACACACUUUCUGUAAAUUUAAAAGAAGAUUGUGAAGAUAAUGGACCUGUUACUAAAAGGAAAAUACUAUCAGAAGUUCAUAACAUUUCCGACCCUAUUGGGUAUACUUGUCCAGUUACCUUAUACCCGAAAUUGUUGUUACAAAAACUGUGGCAAAUGAAAACAAAUUGGGAUUCUGAAUUGCCAACAGAAAUCUCUAAGAAGUUCAAAAGGUGGAGAAAUCAGUUGAGUCUACUUGGGAAAAUUGCUAUCCCUAGAUGUUUAAUAAAAGAUCCUGAUAAUGCUGGCAGUUUCAGUAUACACGUGUUUUGUGACGCAAGCAAAGCAGCUUAUGCUACCUGCAUAUAUUUAAGAAGUGAAAGUAAGAACUUGACUUCAUGUCAGUUGGUUCAAGCAUGGAGUAAGGUAGCUCCGCUGAAAGCUAUUACAAUUCCUAGACUAGAGCUGUUAGCUUGCUCUAUUAUUACCAGAUUGGUGCAAAGAGUUAUUGAAGAUUUAAAAUUAGGAAAUAUUCCAGUUUUCUUUUGGAUUGACUCCAGUACCGCCUUGUGUUGGAUAAAAGGUAGCGAAAACUAG